UUGCUGCAGAAUAUUGUCGAACAAAAUUACGAGGAAUUCGAUGCGGACGUACUGGAUCUGUUGCAUCAUGUGCUGAUUGUGCAACGCGAACCAAUGUUGAAUCUGGUGGAUGAAAAUGAGUUCGAUGUGAUUUUGAGCAGCAUGUGCCAGAGUGAACAGCUACCAAGGCCCACGCACGUGUUCAGGGUCUGCAACAUGCCGCUGAUACACGAAGCCAUACAUGAGGAGCCAACGAGCAUCGAAAUUGAGGAACCACCGAAGUUAGCAUUUCAUGGCAACCGCCUCGAUAGCUUCUUUGCAAUGUUGACUCAAGCUGAUGCAUGCAAACAGCCACCGCCAAAUACGGAGAAUGCUGGCGACGAUGUAGAUGUGCCCUUAAAAUUGACCACAGACUUGAACGUCGCACUGCAGGAGAGUCCAAACGGUGCCGGUUGGGGUGCAUCCAGCUGUGGUUCGAUGAUUUCGUGCGUGGCGCUUUGCGAAUUCGACAGCCAUCCGGAUUAUGUGUUCACCAACGCCCUGAACUCGCUAAUCGAGAUACGCAAGCCUGAGUUGGUGCGCGUGCGCUACUUGCUUUUCUAUGGCAGCCGUUUCCCAGACGAUGACGAGCCGGAGGAAAAACGCGCAUCCAGUUGGCUAGGACGUAAUAAAUAUCCGCUCUCGCUGGCGUGCUAUAUGCUACUGCUGGCUUCGAUUGGUAUGGCCAACAGCGGCAGUGGACAGUACUGGAAGCAGAUUGUGAGCAAGAAGGCACAUAUAUUUUUCGACUUUUGCCGGCGCAUUUUCACGAUGGACUAG